UGCAAUAAAAGGAGGUUUUAAGCCAGAAAGUGCCAGUUGAGCGGAGAUCGUUAUUGCAGCUAGUUGUAGCAAACACAACUGGGAAUUUAUUCAAUAACUAAAAUAUAAACUAAAGUGAAAUGUCGACCACCUUCACCAUCAAUGGGCAGCCGUACACGGUUAACCUCACCGACCUCCCACCGGACAUAACUCUGAACACCUUCAUCCGGGAGCACGCCCAGCUGACGGCCACGAAGUUCAUGUGCCUGGAGGGAGGAUGUGGAGCUUGUGUUUGCGCAGUGAGCGAUGGGAAGAGCACCUGGACAGUGAACUCGUGCCUCAAGCUGCUGAAUACCUGUGCCCAGCUGGAGAUCAUUACCUGCGAGGGACUGGGCAACCAUCAAAGUGGCUACCAUCCGAUUCAGAAGCGGCUGGCCAAGAUGAACGGCACCCAGUGCGGCUUCUGCUCGCCGGGAUUCGUGAUGAACAUGUACGGGCUGAUGGAGCAGCAUGGCGGCAGAGUGACCAUGGAGGAGGUGGAGAACUCCUUUGGUGGAAACAUUUGUCGCUGCACUGGAUAUCGGCCCAUUCUGGAUGCCAUGAAGUCCUUUGCGGUGGACAGCACUAUUGAUGCUACCCAAGUGAUCCUUGAUAUUGAGGAUGUUAACAUGAAGGCCCGAAACUGUCCAAAGACGGGAAAAGCGUGUAGGCGUACAUGUCGGCAAUCCAAACUAAUCUUCGAGGAUGGAUCCCAGUGGUACUGGCCAAGCAGCCUGGCGGAAGUAUUUGAGGCCCUGGAAAAUGUGGGAAACUCGGAUGAGUUCAUGCUGGUUGGAGGAAACACGGCUCAUGGUGUUUAUAGGAGAUCCCCCGACAUAAAGCACUUCAUUGAUGUGAAUGGAGUGGAGGAUUUGCAUCAUUACAGCUCAGACAAAGAUAAACUAACAUUGGGGGCUAACCUUAGCCUCACUGAAACCAUGGAAAUAAUACGAAGUACUUCCAAGCAAUCAGGAUUUGAGUACCUCGAUGUCCUGUGGCACCACAUCGACCUAGUUGCCAAUGUUCCGGUUCGAAAUUCGGGCACUUUGGCAGGCAAUAUCUGUACCAAAAAGGAGCAUCCCGAGUUUCCAUCAGAUAUAUUCAUAUCCUUCGAGGCUCUGGAUGUCAAGGUGAUAGCCAUGAAAGGCAUCGAUGACGAACAAGAAAUGACUUUGGAGGAGUUUUUGGGUGAUCAGGACAGAAAAAUGUUGCUCAAGGCAUUCAUUCUGCCCAGCUAUCCCAAGGACAAGUAUAUUUACGACUCCUUCAAGAUCAUGCCACGUGCUCAAAAUGCCCAUGCAUAUGUGAAUGCAGGAUUUCUUCUGGAAUUGGAUGGCAACUCCAAGGUGAAAUCUGCCAGAAUCUGCUUUGGUGGAAUUCGACCGGACUUCAUUCAUGCCACAGACAUCGAGCAGUUGAUGGUGGGUCACAGUCCCUACGAAUCCAAUUUGGUGGAACAAACAUUCAGCAAGCUGGAGGAUAUGUUCAAGCCGGAUGAAGUUCUUCCCGAUGCCAGUCCCGCCUACCGUUCCAAGUUGGCCUGCGGACUGCUCUACAAGUUCCUCCUGAAACACGCCCCCGAUGCGGAGGUCAGUGGAAAGUUCAAGAGUGGCGGUCAGCUGCUCCAGCGGCCACUCUCCUCCGGCUUGCAGCUCUUCACGACCCAGAAACAGACCUACCCCGUGACACAGGCCGUGCAGAAGCUGGAGGGCAUGAUCCAGUGCUCCGGAGAGGCCACCUACAUGAACGAUGUGCUGACCACUUCCAACUCCGUCUACUGCGCCUUUGUGGGCGCCACAAAGGUGGGAGCCACCAUCGACCAAAUCGAUGCCUCGGAAGCUCUACAACAUCCAGGCGUGGUGGCCUUUUACACUGCGAAGGACAUUCCCGGAACGAAUACUUUCUGUGAGCCCAGCUUUGGCUACGAAGCCGAGGAGAUCUUCUGCUCGGGAUUGGUGCGCCACUCGGAGCAGCCAGUGGGUGUAAUCGUGGCUCUUACUGCUGACCAAGCCCAAAGGGCCACUAAGUUGGUCAAGAUUAGCUACAGCAAUCCCAGUUCUGGCUUCAAGUUGAUGCCGAGUCUGAAGGAUGUGUUCUCCUCCGAAACUCCAGAUGCAUCUCGCAUUAUACCCUUGGUCAUAUCGAAGUUAAAGGAAGUAAAGUUUUCUGACAAACCGGAGUUGGAAGUGAGGGGCAUCUUCGAGAUGGGCCUGCAGUAUCACUUCACCAUGGAGCCGCAGACCACGAUUAUUGUUCCCUUUGAAGAUGGCCUCAAGGUCUUCUCGGCUACCCAGUGGAUUGACCAGACUCAAUCAGUGAUUGCUCAUACCCUGCAGAUGAAGGCCAAGGAUGUGCAACUAGAGGUUCGCAGAUUGGGGGGUGGCUAUGGCUGCAAAAUAUCCCGAGGAAACCAGGUAGCCUGUGCAGCCGCCUUGGCUGCUCAUAAGCUGAAUCGUCCCGUUCGCUUUGUCCAAUCCCUGGAGUCCAUGAUGGACUGCAAUGGCAAGCGGUGGGCCUGUCGCUCCGAGUAUCAGUGUCACGUGAAGACCAGUGGCAGGAUUGUCGGGCUGUCCAACGAAUUCUACGAGGACGCUGGCUGGAACACGAACGAGAGUCCUGUGCAAGGACACUCCACGUUCACAGCAGCCAACUGCUACGAAUUCACCGAUAGUAACUUCAAGCUGAGUGGCCAUGCAGUUCUUACGGAUGCCCCCAGUUCCACUUGGUGUCGUGCUCCAGGAUCGGUGGAGGGCAUAGCUAUGAUGGAGAACAUCAUCGAGCACGUGGCUUUUGAGAUCCAGAAGGACCCAGCAGAAGUGCGACUAGCAAACAUUAGCAAGAAAAGCAAGAUGGCCACCCUCCUUCCGGAGUUCCUCAAGACUAGGGAGUACUACUCCCGGCGGAAGGAGAUCGAGGUAUUCAACGCCAACAACCGAUGGAAAAAAAGGGGCUUGGGUCUCUCCUUGAUGAACUUUCCCGUCAUCUACAUAGGGCAGUUUCCGGCAACGGUGACUAUCUACCACGUGGAUGGCACUGUUGUGGUUACCCAUGGGGGCAUAGAAAUGGGUCAGGGUAUGAAUACGAAGAUAGCUCAAGUGGCGGCGUAUACUCUGGGAAUUGAUUUGAGCUACGUGAAAGUGGAGUCCUCAACCACCAUCAAUGGAGCGAACUCCAUGGUCACCGGCUACGCCAUCGGAAGUGAGAGUGUCUGCUACGCAGUCCGUAAGAUCUGCGAGACGCUCAAUGCCCGGCUGAAGCCAGUGAGGAAGGCCAAGGCCACCUGGGUGGAGACCGUGGAGGCGGCCAAUGCCCAGCUGAUCAAUCUCAUAGCCUCGGAUCACUACAAGACCGGCGACAUGCAGAACUACCAGGUGCUGGGACUGGCCCUUUCCGAGGUGGAGAUGGAUGUUCUGACCGGCAACAUUCUGAUCAGGCGGGUGGACAUCCUAGAGGAUGCCGGCGAGAGCCUGAGUCCCUGGAUAGAUGUCGGCCAGGUGGAGGGUGCCUUCGUCAUGGGCCUGGGCUACUGGCUCAGCGAACUGCUCAUCUACGAGGGCGACAAUGGUCGCCUUUUGACCAACCGCACGUGGAACUACAAGCCGCUGGGUGCCAAGGACAUUCCCAUCGACUUCCGCGUGGAACUGGUCCACAAUCCGCGACCAAGCAGUGCGGGUUUCAUGGGCUCCAAGGCCACCGGAGAGCCACCUUGCUGCUUGGCUGUCAGCGUUAUAUUUGCACUGCAACAGGCUCUGCAAUCUGCGCGCCAGGAUGCAGGACUUCCUCGGGAGUGGCUUCGCUUGGGGGCACCUACGACUCCGGAGACUCUGCUGCUUAAUGCCGGACACCAGGUUUCGGAAUUCAAGUUGAAAUAAUGGCAAUUAUUUCAUGUUUUCAUGCGAGUAUUAUAUAUGCACAUAUUUUAAUCAAAAAAUUAACAUUUUACGACAUAUACAUAUGUAUUUAUACCCAAUUGAAAAUCUAUUACAUACUUUUAUACCAUUUUGCUUUGCUCUUAAUUAACAUAAUUAAAUUUUAUUCAAGAAAACUUUUUUCUCACUGCAUUAUAUCAUUCAAAGCUCGAUAUUCUAGUUUUUGCUUCAAGUUUUUUAACAUGCAAAGCUUUCGAAAUGAUUUAUUUAUUUUGAAAGCUCUAUAUUCCGAAUGCGAGAGAAAAAAUAAAUAUUUUUUGCCGGCCGGCUAACUCAUUCUCUUCAUGUUUAUCGCGGCACUCUCUUUUAUUUUUAGUGUACACGUGAUUCGCUUUUCUCCUUUAUUACAGUUUUUAUGGCGCUCGUCGCGUAAUGAAAGCAAAUUUGAGAGUCUAUUUGGAAUAUUCAUUAUAACACAAUAGCGUGCAAAAUAUUUAAUACGUACCUAGUCCAAUUAUCCGCAUAUGAUAUUAAAAUGCAAUUACAGUUUAAACAAAGGCCUUUUUGUUGAUAGAGUAGUUUUGUGACUCAGCGUUAUUUGCAUUUUUUCAUUCGCAAUCUUUUGAUACCCUCGGAGUUUUAUUUUAUGAGUGAGAACAAUAAAUAAAUCGGUCUUCUGUACAAAAAUCUUCUCUUGUUCGAAAUGUAUAGCAUGUUUUUAAGCAAUAUUGUAAACAGAAAUACAGGGUAUCUAAUGCGUGGUGCUUGUGCCAAACCUAUGUUUUUCUCUAUUUAUACAAACAUCGAAAAUUUGCCGACGAAUUGAGGGCGCAGCAACAAGCAAAUUCGGCGGCACCAGUUUUUAGAUUUUUGCAGUCGAGUCGAGGAGCCAAAGCAACCAGUCCACAAUCUGCAAUUAACGUCGAUCGCCGAGCUCGAAAAGCCACUCAAAACGUUGUUGCCUCUCACGGAGUGUGUCGAAACUAACUUUUGUUUGUUUAUUAUUUGAGGCAGUCGAGAAAAUCGCAAUCUAAAAACGGAGGAGCCUACGCGAGCCCCAAUGUUUUGAUCAGUCGAACAGCGACACUCGCAGCAAGCGGACUAAAAA